AUGGCUUCUCAGAACAGGGCUGUUGUUGUUAACGGCGAGUCGCCCGAGUCCGCCACUCUUCGGCGUCUUUUGACCUACCCCGUUGUCCAGGAGGGCAUCCGUCGGUUCCAGGAUCAUCGCUUCGGUCAACUCGCUAUCCAAGUGACGAGCACGAUUUACAAAAUCGGGUCUCCGGUUCUGUCUGUCCUUCAGGGACCGUACAACAGGUUGCUGGCGGGCUAUAUUGAGAAGGUGGACAGCUUCGGCGAGCAGACCCUGAGCAAGGCCGAGGAGCGCUUCCCGGUUAUGAAGAAGUCGACACCUGAGAUCAUCGAGGAGGCCAAGCAGGCCGCCAACAUCGUCGUCGUCCCCGUCAAGCACGUCACCGAGGUCUACGAGAGUGCCUACAAGGAGACAGGUGGUCAGCCCCUCAAGACUGUGGCACGUGGCCGGGCCGCCCUUAAGACCGCGGCGGUUAUCACCGAGGAAAGCGUCCACCUGGGUUUCGAGACGUUCAGUAAGGUCAAGGAGUUCCUUGCUAGCCGUGCUGAAGCCGCUACUGCUUCUGCUCCCCAAGGCGAGGCUGGUGCUAAGAGCUCUUCCUGA